AUUUCGGGCCCUGCAUAGUGAGGUGGCUCAUGCUAUUAAACAUUGGACGACAAAGGGAUUCCCGACGCUGAUUGGUGCGACAAAUCAAUGACGCAAUGACGUUGCCGGGAGAAGCCGUUCUCCCGCGGAAGGACAGCUGAUGAUCUCCCAUCCAGAUUCUGUCUAGAGCUCUAGAAGAAGUUCUACUGUCUGGUCUGUUCGGACAUCGCUGCAUGACAUAAGGAGCUACACAUUUCACUUGUUCCACAAACGGAUGGUUGGUGUUUACUAUUGGGCCGUUCAGAGGAAGGAUGCAUCAAUAAUGAUGGGUAUGAACUCAACGGCACUACUUGGAGCAUGUGGGAUGUCUGUUACUGUAUGAGAGGUAUGAAAUAUUUAUAAUCUUAGCUGCAGAGAGCAGAAAGUCUAUGGUCCAUAAUUGGUUUAAAAGCCUGUCACUAAAUAUUACUGACAGAACAAAUAUCAACACGAGCAAAAGGACAUUUUCAACUCUAAGUUGCACAAUUAUUCACUAUUAUAUUGAAAUGACUUGAUCCGUGUGCCUUUUUGUUAACGCAUAUCAAGUUUGUUAUUUUACAAAUGUUUGACGGCGAAGCGCUUGUAGUGACCACUUUGGCAACAUCCCCUGGAUUUUGCUGUUGUCGACGUGGUCCGCAAAAAAGUUCAAUUCAAAAGGUCAUGUCACCUUUCCUGGAUAGUGUCGCUGAAUGACCGAUGCGAUUCCUAGACUUUGUACUAUGAGCGCUCAGACUGUUGUUGGCUCCUGGUCUUAGCGCUCACUACAGUACUUAAACUUGUCUUGACACUGAAGCCGCGGAUCAUCUUCGCCAGUCCACGAGUUGUCCAGUGCUGUUCGUGGCAGGAAUGUUCGCGGCGGUCGAGCAUGGGCCCGUGCUCUGCAGCGACUCGAACAUCCUCUGCUUGUCCUGGAAGGGUCGCGUGCCAAAGAGCGAGAAGGAGAAGCCCGUGUGCCGCAAGCGCUACUACGAGGAAGGCUGGCUCGCCACGGGGAACGGCCGGGGGGUCGUGGGAGUGACGUUCACCUCCAGCCACUGCAGAAGAGACCGGGCGACGCCUCAGAGAAUAAACUUCAACUUGAGGGGACACAACUCUGAGGUGGUUCUGGUGCGUUGGAAUGAGCCCUUCCAGAAGCUUGCCACGUGUGACACGGAUGGAGGCAUCUUCGUGUGGAUCCAGUACGAGGGCCGCUGGUCUGUGGAGUUGGUCAACGACCGCGGAGCCCAGGUCAGCGACUUCACGUGGUCCCACGAUGGCACCCAGGCGCUCAUCUCCUACCGUGAUGGCUUCGUGCUGGUGGGCUCGGUCAGUGGGCAGCGACACUGGUCCUCCGAGAUCAACCUGGAGAGCCAGAUCACCUGUGGCAUCUGGACGCCCGAUGACCAGCAGGUGCUGUUUGGCACGGCGGACGGCCAGGUGAUCGUGAUGGACUGUCACGGCCGCAUGCUGGCCCACAUCCUGCUGCACGAGUCGGACGGCAUCGUCAGCAUGGCCUGGAACUACCCCAACUUCCUGGUGGAGGACAGCAGCGAGAGUGACACGGACACCGAUGACUACACGCCACCUCAGGUGCACAGCCUCAGGCCUCUGCUGACUGUCUGCUUCACUUCUGGAGACAUCAACCUGAUGAGUAACUAUGACGACCUCUCACCCAUCAUCAUCCGCUCAGGGCUAAAAGAUGUGGUGGUGCAGUGGUGCUCUCAGGGCGACUUGCUUGCUGUGGCGGGGAUGGAGAGGCUGGUGCUGUCCCCCGACCCCACCUGCCCUGCUGCCCCCUCCGCCAGGAAUGCCGUCGUCAAGUUCUACAACGUCCGCGGGGAGCACAUAUACACCCUGGACACGCCUGCACAGCGUCCGAUCACCACGCUGUGCUGGGGCCACCGGGACUCACGUCUGUUCCUGGCAUGCGGCGCGGCGCUCUACGUGGUGCGGGUGGAGCAUCGGGUGGCCAAUCUGCAACUGCUCUGCCAGCACGCCAUCGCCAGCGCCGUCCACGAGGAGAAGGAUGUAGCCAAGCUCACCAUGCCCUCACGCCUAUGCACCUACGUCACCACCGCAUUCACUCCCACCAUCAAGCCCCCAAUCCCCGACCCCAACAACAUGCGCGACUUUGUGAGCUACCCUACGUCGGGCAACGAGCGCCUGCACUGCACCAUGAAGCGCACGGAGGACAAUCCGGAGGUGGGCGGGCCCUGCUACACGCUCUACCUGGAGUACCUGGGGGGCCUGGUGCCCAUCCUCAAGGGCCGGCGCAUCAGCAAGCUGCGGCCCGAGUUCGUCAUCAUGGACCCCAAGACGGACGGCAAAACAGAUGAGGUGUACGGAAACACUCUGAUCUCCUCCAUGAUCGACAGCUGCAACUGCUCUGACUCCAGUGACAUUGAGCUUAGUGACGACUGGGUGGGCAAGAAAUCACCAAAGAUAUCCAGAGGAAGCAAGUCACCCAAGCUGCCACGAGACUUAGUGUGUCCCUUUACCAACAGGAUCAAUAUAGAUCCACGAAAGUCCCCAAAGCUAUCCCGUGCCACACAGGAAAUAUCCCGAUCGCCACGGUUACCCAUCCGGAAACCCUCCAUCGGCUCACCGAGUUUGACCCGCCGAGAGUUCCCUCUUGAUGACAUCACACAGCAUAAUUACCUUGCUCAGGUAACAUCUAACAUAUGGGGGACCAAGUUUAAAAUUGUUGGGCUGGCUACCUUCUUGCCUACGAAUCUAGGAGCAGUAAUCUACAAGACCAGUUUGCUGCACCUGCAGCCACGGCAGAUGACCAUUUACCUGCCAGAGGUGCGCAAGAUCUCCCUGGACUACAUCAACCUUCCGGUCUUCAGCCCCAACGUCUUCAGCGAGGACGAGGACGACCUGCCCGUCACCGGCCCCUCGGGCGUGGCCGACGAUAACCCGCCCUGCACCGUCAACAUCCCCAUCGCCCCCAUCCACAGCCCCGCCCAGGCCAUGUCCCCCACCCAGAGCAUCGGCCUGGUCCAGUCGCUGCUGGCCAAUCAGAACGUCCAGCUGGACAUCCUGGCCAAUCCCAUGGCCUCUGCGGCAGCGGCUGCUGCUGCUGCUGCGGCGGCGGCGGCGGCAUCAUCGUCAUCCUCGUCCGACCAAGGCCAGGACCCCGUGCUGACAGCCCAGUACACUGUCCCCGCCAGGUACUCCAGCCCGGGACAGGUGAUCUUCGGCGGACUGGAGGUGGGAAGACUGUUGGUCACUACUCCUGCACAAGCAUCUCAGCAACAGCAGCACCAUCAACACCAGCUGCAGCAGCAUCAAAUCCAGCAGCUUCAGCAGCUCCAGCAGCAGCAACAGCAGCAGCAGCAGCAACAACAUCAACAGCUACAACAGCACCUGCAGCAGCAGCACCAACAGCAGAUGCUGCAGCAUCAGCAGAUGCAACAGCACCUGCACCAAAUGCAGCAGCAGCAGCAACACCAGCAGCUGCAGCAACAGCAGAUGCAACAGCUGCAGCAGCUGCAGCAGCACCACCAGCAGCUCCAACAACAACAAAUGCAGCAGCUGCAACAGCAGGUUCAGCAACAGCAGGCACAUCAACUGCAACAGCACCACCAACAAUUUCAGCAGCAACAGCAUCAGCAACAAAUUCAGCAUCAGCUGCAGCAGCAGCAGCAACAGUUGCAGCAGCACAACCAACAGAUACAGCAUCAGCUCCAGCAGCAACAGCAGCAGCAGCUUCAGCAGCACCCCAUCCAGAUCCAGAUCCCACCCAACCCCCUUGCUCAGGGCCAGACUGCUGCCGCCGCUGCCUCCCCCGGGCCCCUGCUCCAGCUCCAGCAAGUGGUGCUCCAAGUCCCCCACUCCCCGGCAGCUGUGGACCACACCACCGAGCGAGCCGGAGGAGCGGAGCAUGAGCACCUGCUUAAGAUCAAGUCGACGCGUUCGGCUCCGCAGCUGGCCGAGGGCGACGCUGUCAUCUUUAGCACCCCGCUGGAGCUCAGCAAGAUGAACCCGCCUCCUCCUUAUCCGGGCACGGUGGCGGCGGCGGUGGCUGCGGCGGCGGCUGCGGCUGCUGCUUCCGCUGCCUCUGCAGCAUCUGCGUCCGGAUCCGGUGCCCCCGGUGUGGGGACAGCAGGGCCGGCGUCAACAGUGGCCAGCGGGACACCGCCACCGUCUGUGGACCUGUGCCUGAAGAAAGGGGAAUUCACACUGUACCCGCCUCCUGGUGGUGGUGGUGGUGGUGGUAGUGGUGGUGGUGGCGUUGGGGCUCAGGGUGGCGGUGGUGGGGUGCAGGGAUACCCAAUGCCGCUGGGCUACGAGCGGAUCACCACGUUCGACAGCAGCGGCAACGUGGAGGAGGUGUGCCGCCCGCGCACGCGGCUGGUCUGCAACCAAAAUGUUUACACACUGCAGGGCCCCGGAAGCUCUGCCACCCUCAGGGUCACCUCCUCCUCCUCUUCAGCCUCCAUGGCACUUAGCGCCAACACCCUCACGCUGGAUGGCAAGAAGGUGCAACUCCCCUACGCCUCGGCCACCCUCAACCGCCUCACCGUGCCCCGCUACUCCAUCCCCAGCGGGGACCCUCCCCCCUACCCGGACUCCUCCUCCUCUUCCUCUUCGGCCAAUCAAGCGAGCGCAGCAGGUGGGCGGAGCCCCGGCCAGCAGCGUCUGGACAGCAACCUGAUCCACGCCACCCUGCGCCGCAACAGCGCUCAAGCCGCGUUAAAGGUCUCCCAGAUGCUGGAAGCUGGGCAUCCCGCCCAACGCCCACUCCCAGCCCUCCCUGCCAAAGCCAAAGCCUCCAGCAGUGGCAGUAGUGCGAGCGGUAUCGCCGCCGGCACCUACCAGCCGCAGCAGCGCAUGCCCACCGCCCUCUACACCUGCAGCCAGUGCAGCAGCAGCAGCGGCAACAUCAGUGGAGCUGCUGGCGGAGGCAGCAACGGUGGCAUCGCCGGGGGCACCAUUAUCCGGCAAGACUUUCCUCCCACGGUGAGUGGCGUGCCUCACAGCACGGUCAUCGUGCACUCCAACAGCGCCUCACCGCUGCCCUCCCAGUCCUCCUACAACCUGCUGAGCCUGGACGGGAGCGGAGGACCCGGGGGAGGAGGAGCAGGCACAUCCAGUGCAGCCGCAGGGGGAGGAGGUGGUGCAGGAAGGGACCGGGCAGACUAUGUCAACACGGCCUUCACCGAGGACGAGGCGCUGAGCCAGUCCCUCAGGCACCUGGUGAUGAGUGGUGGCAGCGGGGACAUGGCUGGCACCCUGACGGUAAAGCGUCCGCCUCCGUACCAGUGGGACCCGUCGGCCACAGAGGAGAUCUGGAUCCCCCAGGAGCGCACCGGCGUCUCUGCCCUGGCUGCUGCCGCCGCUGCAGCUGCUGCUGCUCAGCAAGCACCCUCACCCGGACCCCCCCUACCGCACAAGCCACCACCCCUUAUCCUCAGCCCUGCGCAGCACCUAGAUGUUUCAGGGCGGGGUGUUCCCUUCGUCCUGUCCCCCAAGUCCCCAACCUCUCAGAAUGCCGCCUCUUUCCAAGUUCCUGCCGGGUAUCAGAUCGCCUUGCCCUAUGCGGCGGCAGCCGGGUACAGUGCUGGGCAGCUUCAGGCCAUGCAGGGGUCCCCGCGCCCUUGCUCACCCAAAGAGGUGGUCGCCCCCGUGCCCUUUUCGCAGCAAGAGCCCGCUCUGGUCCUGUCUCAGGGGUACGCACAAAACCUUGCCAGCCUGGCCUGUUGCCCGCUGCCGCCCAUGUACCCUGCCGCGGGUGCUUGCGCCGGGGUCCCCAUGACGCCCGUCGCCCUGCACCCGUGGAGCGCCUACAACCCGUGCCCACCACCCAUGCAGUCCAGUAGUGCCCCUGCUGUGCCCCUUCCUCCCAAGGCCUCGCACAUGGCAGCCCUGGUGGACAAGCAGCUCCUCUCCCCUCCUCCACCGCCGCCACUGCCCCCACCCCCCACUUCUGACCUCCAGGGCCUCCUGGCCUCGCCAGAAGCUUCCGCGGACGCCGGCGAGGGCUUCCAGGAGGUGCUGUCGCUGAGUGAGAGCCCUGUGCCACAGCGGGCGGACCGCUUUGGCAAGAAGAGCCGCAAGAGGCUGGACAACAGCCGUGCCGACGAGUCCAGUGUCUCGGCCAUGGCGGAAGGUGGCAGCGGGAAAUCCAAGAAAGACGGCAGUGGCAGCAGCGCGGGCCGCGCGCUGGGAGACUUCAACUCCCUCAUCUCCAGCCCCAGGCUGGGCGGCCGCGACAAGAAGAAGCCCAAGGGCCCCAAGGAGCAGCUCAAGGCCAAGAAGAUGAGCAAGGCCAACGCCGCCGCCACCACCAGUGAGUUCCAGGACAGCUCGGAGAGCGAGCCCGAGCUCUUCAUCAGCGGCGAUGAGCUGCUCAACCAGAGCCAGAACAGCAAGAAGGGCUGGAAGAGCAAGCGAAGCCUGCGGGCGGGCGCCUGCGAGCUGGACGAGAUCAAGUGCCGCAAGGCCAAUGAGCGCGAGGACCGCAGCCUGGGCAGCCAGGGCUUCGUCUACGUCAUGGCCAACAAGCAGCCGCUCUGGAACGAGGCCACGCAGGUCUACCAGCUUGACUUUGGCGGCCGUGUCACCCAAGAGUCGGCCAAGAACUUCCAGAUCGAGCUGGAGGGCAGACAGGUUAUGCAAUUUGGAAGGAUCGACGGGAACGCCUAUAUAUUGGACUUUCAGUACCCUUUCUCUGCUGUGCAAGCUUUUGCAGUGGCACUCGCUAACGUCACACAGAGGCUGAAGUAACUGACUCGUCUCCCUCUGAACUCUGACUUUGAAGAGGAGCUUGUUACAAGUGGAACAACUUUUGUAUAAACUUGCACAAAGUGUGUUCACACUACUAUUUUGUCUGAGGGAUGGCUCCAAAAAAAACUGGUGGCCGUAAUAGGUUGCUUUUUUAAAUAAAAAAAAGGGCGCCCCCUUGAGGGAAGAGGCGGAGUGGCGGGCGAUGGGCUGCAGGGCUUGAAGGAAGAGGCUCAGUAUCGUGCUGUUGUAACACUCUGGACACACACUCCUCAUGUCUGCAGAGGAUAAGAACAGAAGAGAAGGAAAAACACCACCCCCUGUCCCAAAUUAGGCUGCCUUAUGUGAUUUAUACACACUCCUGAUGACAAAUGGUCAAGUCUCAGAGGUUUUUUUCUUUCGUUUUGUUUUGUGUGUUAUUGUGUGUGUCCAAUUUUUUAAAAAGUUAAAGCAACAGUAAUACUUGAAUCCUUUUUGCUUCCUGGGAAAUUGGCCAUGAUUUUCCAGACUAAAUAGAGGUACUACUGGGCACUGAAAUCAAUUGCUGUACGAUGUGGAAGUGAUAAUUGUGUGCAAGGAACAAUACAUUAAUGUCACACAUCUUACAUUUAAAGGAAGGAGAGCCUUGUGUUUUGAGCUGGGAAAUGGUUCCCACAUUUAACUGUGUGAGAUUGGCUUCUUGCUUGCCAUUUUGUGAUCAAUGUGUAAGGAAUGUGUUCCGUAAAUUUGUAAUGAGACUGAACUGAACGAACGGUCUAUGAAUUCUUGGUUGGUUAAGAAAGACAAAAACAAAACUGUGCAGUAACCACAUUUCAGGGUGAGUUAUUUUUAUUUUUAUUUUACACCAUAUCAUAACACAAAUAUAUGUUCAUUUGUGCCCCUCUACAUGCAACAGUAUUGUUUCUCUUAAUGUAACAUACAUAAUAUUACACAUUGUGUCAUGGCUACCGGCAUUAUAUUUGUAAUGGUAUGUUUAUAUAUUUGUGUAGGUAAUGCAAGAUAAUGUUGUACCUUGUUUACAUCACCUUUAUCAAUGUUUUUGUUUUGGGCGUCAGUUAUUAAAACUGAAAAAUGGCACACUAUAUCUGAGUAUUCAAAAUUGUCAAAAAAGGAAAGGAAAAAAAACGUAAGUUAUAAGCCAUGGGCUAUCACUUCUAUGAAGUGAGUGUUGUAGGUAAAACUGAUCUCCGGUUUUUAAGACUGUAAGCAAGGUACAAUAAGUAUUUUUCUAUGUGUCAUCGAUGUCAUUUCAUAAUAUUAUAUUUUAAUUAUGACAGAUUGUCACAUUUUAUUAUUCCAUUUAAUGUUCUUCUGUCAUAAACAAAACUGUUUGUUCAGUCACGGCUCCCUGAAAUAGGUGCUUCCUUUUUCAACUACACUGACGAUUUAAUUCAUUAAAAGACACGGUAGCCUCA